GAGACAGCGAGAGAGAGAGAGAGAGAGAGAGAGAGAGAGAGAGAAAGAGACUCAGUCAGACUCCAGUGAGAUCCAUCAGAACUUCUGUGGAAUCUAAUUACUGAAGAAUUCUGUGAUUUGUCAGCAUGUCUUACGGUGGCUCGGGUUCAACAUCUCGAGGUGAAUUCAGCGUUCACUUCUCCAGCAGACGCGGAGGAACAAUCACAGCAGAAGAGGCAGCAGGCAUCACUCUUCUGGUUGUGAUUCUCAGCGCUCUGCUCAUUCUGGGAUGUUGGUUCUACCGCAGACGCAGUGGAUACAGAAAGAUCCGAAACGGCCAGUCGUGGAGAGAGAUGAUGAGAUGGAGUCAGCACACUGAAGCUGGAUCAGGAGAACAAACCAAAGUGGCGCUGAAUGAACUCAGCAGCAUCAAGACUGUGACUCCCAACGCUCCUCCAGCUUAUGAGAAGAUCUUGUCUGGACCUUCACCUCCACCUUACUCCCCCUGAAGAACCAGCAGAAUGUUUAACUACAGCCGCUCAUCUUCUUCUGUUCCUCACUACAGCUUCUCCACAAUACAGACGUCUAGACCACAUACAGAAUGUUAAUCCACAUAAUCAUAUGAUCAUUUUAAGAAGAAUGCCAAACAUUUGAAGAGUUUGGUUCCAAAAUGAGAACUUUUUUUUUAAAUCAUGUUUUUUAAUGUUCAUUCCAAUUAGUAUAAAUCAAACUGCAGUUGGUUUGUUUUGAUUUAAGCCGUAAUAACUGUGAGAAUCUGGAUUUCGUCCUGUCCUCUACAAAUAUUGCAUACAGCUAACUUGGAAAAUCAAAACACGUUUUUGGAUCUCAUUUUAGAACCAUACUGUUUAUUUGUAGUUUUUAAGC